CGCACAUUGUUCCUGUGCGGCACGGCGCGGUUCACGUUGUAAUGAAUGAAAAUCAAGUCCAGUAAGUUUUCUAGCUUCAAAACAACAGAGAGUGACCGAGUGCCUGGGACCAGUCGCUGUGUGUGAGGCGAGAAACCAGAGCUGCAUCGUUUACCAGUUCAUAGACUGCAACAGAGAUGGCUGGAAUUCUGUUUGAGGACAUUUUUGAUGUAAAAGACAUCGACCCAGAUGGCAAGAAGUUUGACCGAGUGUCUCGUCUUCAUUGUGAAAGUGAAUCUUUCAAGAUGGACCUCAUCUUGGACGUGAACAUUCAGAUCUAUCCUGUUGAUCUGGGUGAUAAGUUCCGACUGGUUAUUGCCAGUACGUUAUAUGAAGAUGGAACCCCAGAUGAUGGAGAGUAUAAUCCUCAGGAUGACCGGCCGUCCAGAGCGGACCAGUUUGAUUACGUGAUGUACGGGAAGGUUUACAAGAUCGAAGGCGACGAGACUUCAACAGAAGCAGCAACACGCCUAUCGGCCUAUGUGUCGUACGGUGGCCUCCUCAUGAGGCUGCAGGGAGAUGCCAACAACCUUCACGGCUUUGAGGUGGACGCCAGGGUUUACCUGCUCAUGAAGAAACUGGCCUUCUAAACCCCAACUCGGCUCACCCACCUAACCCCCCCCGGUCCUCCGACGGCCACAGUCAACCGGUCAGUCUGAGCUGCAGACUGAAAACAUUAAUAUUCAAGAGUCUGCAGCGCACGGUCGUCUCUGAGAGGAGCUCGCUGACAGAACCCGUGGAGGCUGUAGAGAAAAUAUUUCAUUUUUUUAUUCUCAUAGAUAAGAAAUGUUUUUUCCAAGGAGAUGGACGACAGACUAAAGACUGUGACACUUAAAAAGUACUGCAACCUCCAUCUGCUGGCAACAUGUAAAUAAAGAUUUCUUUUAUACAAAGUGA